AUGUUGUUCUGUGAUCGUCGUGAUGCUCUUUCCUUGGACCUCCGUAUGAUGGAGUCUCUGUGGUCGAGGGAGGACUGCAAUGUUGGUCCGAUGGUGGAGCUAACAUCAAUCAUACAAGGGUUCAUUGGACCAGAUAGUCACAAGAUGUCUGCUAGCUGUCCCACUGAGACCUUCCGCAUUACCACGAAGCCUGAUGCCUUCAUCGUCCGCCACGGUGAGCUCGUUGGUGUCUUCAUUGAUGAAGAGAGGAUAACCUUGAGGUCGGUGCUGGAGAAUAAUCGGUUCGUUAUGGAACUCGAUCCACCUUGUCCGAAGGGCUCCCUCGUCGACUAUUCUGCGGAAGAGGACCGCCUCACAGCUUUCGACAGGAAGCUCAAUACGGUAUACACUUACAAUCUCCGCAAGGGCAUCUGCGUCAGCUUAUGUGAAGUCAAAGGUCUAUUUAGAGGUGGCGAGGAACACCUGGUGGUUGGGUGUUUGGAAGAACAAGUUGUGAGAUUUCGUGUGUGA